UGUACGCUACAGAGUAAAGAGUCAACGUUGGCGGGGACAGGAUGAUCGGUGACGAAUCUCGAGAGAAGCAGCAACUUCAAUGGAGAAAUCGGAGAAGAAAGGCGUGAUCGACACGUGGAUUGAUAAGCACCGUUCAUUAUACGCGGCAGCUACACGUCAUGACUUCGUCGUCUCCAUCCGCGACGGAUCCGUUGAUCUCUCCUCCUUCAAAACUUGGCUGGGUCAAGAUUACCUCUUCGUGAGGGGGUUCGUGCCGUUUGUGGCGAAUGUUCUGAUCAGAGCCGGCAAAGAAUCCGGCGAGACUUCCGACAUGGAGGUCGUGCUUGGUGGUUUAGCUUCGUUGAAUGAUGAGAUCGAGUGGUUUAAAAGUGAAGGGUCGAAAUGGGGCGUUGAUUUCUCGACCGUUGUGGCUCAAAAGGCUAAUCAAGAGUAUAGCAGGUUUCUUGAAGCUCUGAUGAGUAGUGAGGUGGAGUAUUCGGUGGUGAUGACGGCUUUCUGGGCGAUUGAAGCGGUGUAUCAAGAGAGCUUUGCUCACUGUUUGGGGGAUGGGAACAAAACUCCGGCGGAGCUUAUCGGAGCUUGCAAUCGGUGGGGUAACGACGGGUUUAGACAGUACUGUUUGUCUGUGAAGAACAUCGCUGAACGUUGUUUGGAGAAUGCCUCCAGGGAAGCUUUGGUUGAAGCUGAAGAUGUUCUUGUACGUGUUCUUGAACACGAGGUCGCCUUCUGGGAGAUGAGCCGUGGUGGACAGUAGGUAAUGCUUUGAUUCAGAUUUCUCAUUUGCUAUGUUUUUUUUUUUCUUUUCCUAAUGUGUGUGAUUGUGAUUUCGAGAAACUCUGUUUUUGCCUCUUUUGUACCAUAUGAUCUUCUCAUUAUGUAACACUAUUUUGAUGCAUUUGUUCAAAAGAACUUGUCCGUCAUAUUCAUUUG